GACAGUGCAGCAGUGCAGUCCCAUCUGAACACACAAUGAUCAACUUCAGCCUGGUGACAUUUUUACUCUUCUGUUUCACCUCCGUCAUUUUCUCUCAGCUUUACACCGUGGAUAUCCAACCUGGUGAAGAAAUAACACUGCAAUGUACCAACUACACCAUUUUAACCACUCAUAUAUAUUGGUUCCAAAUGACCCACAGAUUCAAUGCAAGCUGCAUAUCUUGGAUGAUGACUUCCAAUGACAACGUUUCAUUCUGUGAAGGAUUUCAGACUGAGAAAGAGAAAUAUGAAAUGGCAUCUAAUAUGUCUAAUAUAUUUCUCACAAUCAAUAAUGUGGACUUAUCUGACACUGGACUGUACUUCUGUGGAGAAAAAAGAAACGAUGGAAAAGCCAUUAUGGCCAGUGCUAUAUACUUAAAUGUUCAAGAUCCAGAUUCCAAGCUUCCAGUGUUCAUCAGUGUAAUUCUGUGCUGCGUGAUCAUUUUCCUCAUCGUGGUCAUCAUUGUUCUGCUCAACAAAAUUAGAACAGUUCACAAUGAGGAACACAAUCCACAACACAGAGAGGAUCUGAACUCUGAGGCACUGAACUAUGCUGCGCUGAAUAUCCGUCCACAACCCAGACGCAACAGACAGGAAGAGCCAAAUGUUAUUUAUGCUGCUACUAGAUUGACUCACUAGAACACAUUAGAGCCGAUGUGAUGCUUUAUCUUGGUAAUCUGGCACCACGAGUUCAUCUUAAACAUUUGAUUAUCAAGUAAAGUCAUUGUUUCUUCUGCCAGCUCCAAACCCUGUCUUACAAAGAAGGUUCCAGUAAGAAAUCCAUCACCCUUUUGCCAGAAAAACUUUUAAUAUUGCCAUCUUCUUUUAUACCUGCAUGUGUUUGUUUGCAUUUACGUGUGUGCUCCUUGGGAACUUUCCACUGUGGUUGAAAAACUGUUCUGUCUAUCGACCAAAACCAAAUAAAACCACACAAAGACUGACUUUCCGCUGCCAUCUAACCACACACAUUGUCUUGUGCCGCACACAUAACAGUGAGAUAGAAUAUUUGAUCAAAUUAGAACUAUUGGCUGCAUCUUCAUAUUUGCAACUUAAUCUCUUCUUUUCUUUUUUUUAAAGUCUCGCUAACCUGAAACCCUAACAAUGGUCUGUAAACACACAAAUAGAAACAAAGUAAAGAGUCCUACAGAUUAAAGUCAGACAGAGCAGCAAGAAGCACAUGUAGUAGUGACAGAUUCCAAGGAGUGGAUGAAUUUAUGAAAUGAAAAAGUGCAGUUUUAGGAUGCAAAAGAGAGUGGAGAGCAGAUUCAUGCCAGCUGAUCCUGUAAAUACUGUAAUGUGUAACUGUGUGGGCUGUCAGGGCCAGUAAGGCCUUCUGUACUGGCUAAAUUGUAAUCUUUGUUCCAUGAAAUGUUAUUAA